AUGCAAACUAAUUAUCCUUCAAUAGACUUCGAAUUUCUUUUAAAAAGUGAUAUAGCUACAAGAAAGAAAUUGAUUAAGGACUAUAUUGAUCAAAGAAGAAUGUCAUUUUCUCAUAAACAAGAUGAUGUAAUUAAUUGUUCUAUUUGUUAUGCAGAUGUUGACCAAUCUUUUUUUUACACAAAUCCUAAAUGUGGACAUAGUUUUUGUCUUAGUUGUAUAUCAGAACAUGCUAAAGAAAAAAUUAAACAAGCAAGUGGACCUAUCCUUUGUCCAGAAGAAAAUUGUAACAAAGAAAUAUCAUAUAACGAUUUAAUUAGUUAUGGUAUUAUAUCUGACCCAGAUUUAUUAGAAAAGUAUAACUCUACACUAACAAGAAUUAGACUUGACAAUGACCCUAACACUUUAUACUGUAUUAAAUGUGGUACACCUAUGAUUGGAGAACCUGGAAUUACUAUGGUGAGAUGUGUAAAAUGUAAUUAUUGUUUCUGUUGUAAAUGUAAAGAACAAUGGCAUGCUGACUGUACUUGUGAACAGUAUCAAAGAUGGAAAAAAGAAAAUAGUAUGGGUGAUGAUGCUUUUAAAGUUUAUAUCAAAAAAAAUACUAAAUUAUGUCCUCAAUGUCACAAACCAAUUGAAAAAAAUGGUGGUUGUAAUUGUAUGACAUGUAAGUGUGGUUACCAGUUUUGCUGGCUUUGUAUGCAACCAUAUACUAAAACUCAUUGGAAAAACAAUAAAACUGGAUGUACUCAAUAUUCUUAA